AUGCAAAAUUUGCUAAAUUUGCCUGCACCAACGCCCGGAAUUAGGGGACUGAAAUCGUUCAGUGACACAAUAGAAAGUAAUAUACGUGAACUAGAAGGAAUGGGUCGAUAUCAGGAAUCGUAUGGAAGCCUAUUAAUACCGCUUAUACUCAACAAACUGCCAUGUUUUGUCAGACAAAAUAUUACUCGAGACCACGGUAAUGAUGAUUGGGAUAUUUCAAGUUUACGCAAAGCAAUAAAGACAGAAAUUUGUAUCCAAGAGGCCGCUAACGCCAAUCCUAUUGAAACCGAUAUUAUCCCCACCGCAUCGUUCGUGACAGAAACAACAAAUAAAAGAUGGAGUUCAACAGGGUCUAAAGAAUGUAACAACAAUAGUUCCGUUAAGACUAAAAGGCCGUGUUUGUUUUGUCAAAACCCGCAUCACCCAAAUGAAUGUACGAAGAUCACUGACAUAAUUGCCCGCACCCAAAUCGUAAAGGAAAAACGAGUUUGCUUUAACUGUUUCGGUAAUCACAAGGUUUCGGAAUGCAGGUCAAAAUACAGUUGCCGAAAUUGCAGUAAGAAACAUCACAGUAGCAUCUGCCGUAAUAAUUUACUGAAUGAAAACUCCACUUCAAGUGAAAAUAAAGCCGUAACAAAACCUGUCAACGAAGAGCUACAAAGUACCACAGAAACAAAGAGCGCCGCUAUGCAUUCUGCCGUUACAGCACAUACCGAAAUUCUAUUGAAAACCGCCGUUGCGCCCGUAUGGUACCAUGAUGAAAGUGUUAUGACUAACAUUCUAUUCGAUGAAGGCGCCCAGAAUUCAUUUAUUUCUCAGGAACUAGUAGAAAAACUCAAUAUCAAACCAACUGGUGUAGUAAGUAUGCAAAUUUCUGCAUUUGGCGGGAAAGAAGGUGAGGUACGCAACCUGGAGAAAGCGACAUUAUCGAUUGAGACCGAAAGAAAAGAAAGAAUUCCAAUGGAAGUAAUUAUUGUUCCAAAAAUUGCCGCACCGAUACAUAUGAAGAAACGAGUAAACAUUAACAGCUUGCCCUAUUUACGAGGAUUACAACUUGCCCACCCAGUCACGCAGGAUGAAAAGUUUUCGAUUUCACUUCUCGUUGAAGCAGACUACUACUGGUCUUUAGUACAAGAUGAAGUUAUUCGAGGUGACGGACCAACAGCUGUUAAAUCAAAAAUCGGUUAUUUGCUAUCAGGACCACUGAACACAGAUAUCAACACUCAAGAAUGGAACUCUACGAUGAUGAAUGUCUUAGUGACGCACAAACCCGAGGAGUGCGAUUUACAGAAAUUUUGGGAAAUUGAGUCGAGCGGAUUAGAGGCGGAUUCUGAUGAAAACACAAAAAACGUUCAAAACCUAAUGCUUGAGUACCAAAACUCUAGCAUUACUUUUAAGGAAAAUAAAUAUGUCGCCAAACUACCAUGGAAACCAGAUCAUCCCGAGUUACCCACUAAUGAAUAUAUAGCAAGAAGGAGGACCCAAAAUGUUAUAGAAAGGUUGGCUAAAGAUCCGGAUAUGUUAAAUCUAUACGACAAGAUUAUCAAAGAACAGGAGAUGAAAGACUUCAUAGAAAAGGUACCCAUCACAGAAAUACAUCGCGAGCAUAGAAGAAUCCACUACAUACCACAUUAUCCCGUUAAGACAGAUUCAAACACGACCCCUAUUAGGAUUGUAUAUGACUGCAGUUGCCAUGGAAAUCCAGAUUUACCCAGCCUUAAUGACUGCCUUUCUUCAGCACCACCUAUUUUAAAUAAAUUGGCAAGCAUUCUUACAAGAUUUAGAUUAGGAAAAUAUGGCAUCACAACAGACAUAGAAAAAGCAUUUUUACAAGUAAGACUUGAUAAUGAUGACCGAGACGCCACACGUUUCUUUUGGUUGUCCGAUUCAACUGACCCAACAAGUGAGUUAAUUAUGUACAGAUUCAAAGUUGUUCUUUUUGGAGCAACGUGUUCGCCGUUUAUUUUAAACGCAACAUUACUGAAACAUUUAUCCAUGAAUCAGAGCAAAGUAGCAACAAUUCUACAAGAAGAUCUAUAUGUUGACAAUGUACUAUCUAGCAUGAACUCAGAAGAAGCCGCAAUUAAAUACUUCAAUGAAUCCAGAGAACUGCUAAAACAGGGAGGCUUCAAUUUACGAUCAUGGAUGUCCAACAGCGACAAACUCCGAGAUUUGGCCCUAUCGGAAAGAGUAUUGGAUUCAGACAAGGAGACAAAAAUAUUGGGAAUGCGCUGGGAUGCAGAAUCAGAUACACUCAGCUUUGCCGAAACAAAACAAUUGAAGAUGGACACACAGUUGACAAAACGUGAACUUUUGAGACAGUCUUCCGCUAUAUAUGACCCGUUAGGACUACUCGGACCGAUAACAAUUAGAGCAAAAACACUUAUUCAAGAGCUUUGGAAAAAAGGAUAUGCAUGGGACGAGAAACUACCAAAAGAAAUUGAAAACGAAUGGACCGAUGUGAAGAAUGACAUCUUACAGAUAACUACGAAACUGAAAAUACAGAGAUACUAUUUUGCAAACGAGGACGAAGAAACUAGCGAGUCUACUCUACACAUUUUUGUUGAUGCAAGUCAAAAAGCAUAUGGAGCUUCCGUUUACUUGAGUAAAGGCACAGAGUCGACACUUGUUAUCGCAAAGAACCGUGUUGCACCGUUAAAAUUAAUAACUCUUCCAAAAUUAGAAUUAAUGGCUGCAGUGAUCGGAGCACGACUUUCUAAAGAUGUAAUAAAAAACUUGGGAAUUAAAAGGGCAGUAUUUUGGAGCGAUAGCCAAAUAGUUCUACAUUGGCUCACCUCAUCGAAAUCGUUAAACAAGUUUGUAAAAAAUCGUGUUAGUGAAAUUAAAGAAUUAACUGAAACUCAUGAAUGGAAAUAUGUACCCACAGAAAUGAACCCAGCUGACCUACAAACACGUGGAUUGACUGCAUCGCAAUUUGAAGAUUCGACAUUAUGGAUGAAUGGACCCCAGUGGUUAACGGACGAGAGUAAAUGGCCUACGUGGACAGGACAUGUGGAAAUAAGUACUCAGCUAUCUAAUAUCAACGGACCAAAGACACACAGAAGUGACGAUAAAAUGCCAAGUGAUCCGCAGCGAAUAUCACAGAUCAUAGAUAUGUCAAGGUAUUCUAAUUUACAUAAACUUUUAACUGUAACUGCAUAUGUCUUAAAAUUCGUUAAGAACUCUCAGGAAAAACGUCCAUAUCGACUAAGGAGUUCACAAGGUGACAGGACGCUCAAGACAAUUCUAACAAAAGAGGAAAUUUCAUUAGCUAUGAAUUUAUGGAUCAAAGAUACACAGCAAGACAGGUUCGUGAAAGAGCUAGAGCAUAUUUCGUUAAAUCCGAAAGUUAAAUCACUACCGCUUGUACAACAGUUACGUUUAUAUUUGGAUGAAAAUGGAAUCAUACGAUGUAAAGGCAGAAUACAAAAUUCAUCUAUAGAAGAAAACGCGAAGUUUCCUAUUUUACUAUCAAAGAACCACAAACUUACAGAUUUUGUAAUUAUGGACGCACAUCUAAGAAAUCUACAUACAGGAGUCGGUCAAACAAUAACACAUAUAAGACAAUCUUACUGGAUACCAGCAAUUCGACAAUGUGUGAACAGUGUUUUACGUAAAUGCAUACAGUGCCAAAAAAUAAUUGGUAAACCGUAUAACAGCCCGGAACCACCACCACUACCAAAGGAUCGAGUAAAAGACACCAUACCAUUUUGCACAACUGGGAUAGAUUUUGCCGGACCUCUUCACAUCAAGGAUACAUCAACACAACCGCGGAAGAUAUAAGAGAUCCCGAACCCUUGACGCCAUCUCAUCUUUUACACGGGAGGAUUAUUACGACCACAGAGAUGCACAACGACAAACACAACGCGAAUAUUCAAGAACUUGAUACGAUCACAGCAAACAAACUAUUUGAGAGAAAAGGACUCUUAUUAGACCAUUUCGCAAAACGCUGGUCUAAUGAAUAUCUUACCGGAUUACGUGAAUAUCAUCGAGUCUCUGGAAAACAUACUGGACAAGUUAACAUCGGUGAUGUAGUUCAACUAGGGAGUGAAUCGCCACGACUUUUAUGGAGAUUAGGAACAAUAGAAGACGUCAUUAAAGGAGGAGAUGGACUUAUUCGAGCAGCAAAAGUACGGACUUCUAGAGGACUAGUUACCACACGACCAAUUGUGAAGUUAUAUCCAUUAGAACUAUAGUACUGUUAAAGGACUUUUGUGAAGGACAAUUAACGUAAAGUGAACCGUUACAAAAAACUUUCAAUGUGAUUCAUUUAUAGAACUUUAAAGUUUUGAUUAUUUAUCUUUUCAAAUAAUUUAAUUUCUUAUGCAUUUUGAGGCCCCCAGAAUGUCGUGAAUAUAGAACAAGAGACUUUUUAUCAUUUUCUUAUGUAAUUGUUUCCCGUACU